UUACGGCUCCUUCUACGUCCGCAGUUCAUAGACAAAGGCCAACAGCAGCAGCUGGACGCCAUUUUUCUCUUUGUUACUCAGCAGAGACAGUCAGAAUGAGCGGCAGAGGAAAGGGAGGUAAGGGACUCGGUAAAGGAGGCGCUAAGCGUCACCGUAAAGUUCUCCGUGAUAACAUUCAGGGAAUCACUAAGCCCGCUAUCCGCCGUCUGGCUCGCCGCGGUGGAGUCAAGCGCAUCUCCGGUCUCAUCUACGAGGAGACCCGCGGCGUGUUGAAGGUCUUCCUGGAGAACGUCAUCCGGGACGCCGUCACCUACACCGAGCACGCUAAGAGGAAGACUGUGACCGCCAUGGAUGUGGUGUACGCUCUGAAGAGACAGGGCCGCACCCUGUACGGCUUUGGAGGUUAAACUGAGCCGCUUCUCUAAACUAAACAAAGGUCCUUUUCAGGGCCGCCAACCUGCUGGUUAAGAACACGAUUCCCAUUACAAUUUUGCUUUACUUGUUCAGGAAACCAUAUCCAACGACUUUAAUGUGUCUAUUUUAAUUCUCAAAUGAGACGAUGACGGGCAAAUAGAUUUGUAUUUAAUCAUGGUUGCCUUGUGUACUGAACAAAAUGCUGUUGCAGUACUCCACGCCCCUUUUCAUCUAAAGUGU